AUGCAAGGACUGUCUUCCAUCCUCGCUCUCCCGGUUGGUGAGGAGCCCGAAACACCGAAUCCGACUGAGGUUGGGCAAGGGACAUGGUGCUGCGCUUUGUUGGGAAGCCCCAAGGUUACUGAAAGGGGCGGGGAGAACAGAGAACUGGGGGAACAAGAGCAGCUUGACGAUGAGGAGGAGUCCCUUUGGCCGACAGCUACCUUAGAGUAUUCGAGGUUCGAUGAUUGGCUGAAGUCCGAGGCAGCAUCGUCGACCCCUCCAGUCAUCCCGGAUGUAUUGAAGGAGUACCGAGCAGUAUUCCCUGAUCAGCUGCCCGCUGGACUGCCGCCGAAGCGCCCCUUCGAGCAUCGGAUCCUCCUAGUGCCUGGGAGGAUGCCUACUAAAUCGCCGAUAUACCGAACGACUCCUGAACAAUUACAGGCACACAAACAGGAGAUAGCCAGACUGACUACCAAGGGAUGGAUAGGGCCUACAUACUCCCCUAUAUGUGCCCCGACUAUCGUGGUGGAUAAGAAGGACAACGGGACGGGGGACCGAAGGAUGAGAAUGGUAGUUAAUUACAGUGAGAUAAAUGCUCUUACGGUGGCGCCCGACUUCCCCUUACCUCCCAUUGCCACUACCUUGGAAAUGCUGGGAGGGGCCAAGUACUUUUCCUCUUUGGAUCUGGAGUCGGGAUAUCAUCAGAUACGCAUGGCGCGGGAGGACAGGUGGAAGACCGCGUUGCGUUCCGUGCUCGGACUUUUCGAGUACAAGGUGAUGCCUUUCGGCCUGAAUGGAGCAGCUGCAACAUUCCAAGCAAACAUCAACUAUUAUCUACAACCAUUCUAUUUGGAUGAUAUUCUUAUCUGCAGCUCUGAUUUGCCGAGCCACGCCACUCUACUGAAACAGGUUCUAAGUAUCCUGCAAAAGAAUUACUUCUUUCCUAAGUUCAGCAAAUGUUCGCAAAGAAAGAACUCACCUUGGGUAACGGCCUACAAGGAUCAUCAAGCACUAACGCACCUGCACCAACUUAAGGCAUCCAAACCUCUUCGGGGGCGCACCGCCAGGUGGCUUGAUUUCCUCGCGGAGUUCCCUGAACUGACGAUCUCUUCCCUGCCAGGCACACGCAAUCAAGUGGGGGAUGCAUUGUCGCGUAACCCGGGAGGGCCUACAACCAACGCACCCAGCAGUUCGGUGGAGCCGAUUGACACCCCACAAGGCUCCUUGGUUACCCUCGUACCCGCCGAGGUACCCUUAACCCCAUACCCUAAAACUAGGAAACAACUUACCGACUAUCGACAACUAGCCGGCAUCCGGGUGAGGACCCGGCAACAGCGGGGGAGCGAGAAGCCUACGGAGGUGACCCUGAAUACACAACAGCAACACAGUCGGCCACAGCAACAGACGAGCGCAACACACAAGCCGAAUUCCCCUACACACGCUCCUGACUGGCCAUUGGCAUAUUCUAAGUGUCCAGUCUUCCGCGAUGCUUAUACGGCCGCUGCCAAGACCCCGGGAGAAACCGUUCACGUCGAGAUUCAUCAGCGCCGCUAUGGGUUUCGUUUCCAGCGCCCAUACCUGCGCAUAUGUCAGAAUGGCAUUUGGCUGAUAUGUGUCCCUCAAUUACCGGAGUUCCUAACGCACAUUCUAUACCAGUUUCAUGAUCACGUCACAGCGGGGCACAGGGGUCAAAAGAAGACUUUUCUUGCAAUUAGCAAACAUUACUAUUGGCCUGGAAUGCGAACAGAUACUAAUACCUACGUGGAUUCUUGUGUGCAAUGUCGAGCUUCGAAGAGUGUCACCCAGAAACCCGCCGGCCUGCUGCAGCAACUCCUCAUAUCGUCACGGCGUUGGAGCCAUGUGAGCUUGGACUUUAUCACUGACCUGGCACACACACACGCAGGAGACGACGCCAUCUUGGUACUGGUGGAUUCGUUGAGCAAAAUGGCCCACUUCAUUCCCACGCGCAAGACUAGCUCGGCAGCUGACACGGUAGCAUUGUUGGCUGACAGACUCAUCAGAUACCAUGGGUUCCCAGAGACCCUCGUCUCUGACAGGGACCCACGCUUUACCUCGGAGGUCUGGGAGGCACUCUGUUCGCGUUUCAAUAUCAAACGAGCACUGUCCUCCCCCUACCAUCCACAGACGGACGGACAGACGGAACGUGUAAAUCGCACGCUCGAGCAGAUGCUGCGCACCUAUAUACAAACCGAUGAGCGGGAUUGGGAGUAUCUGCUGCCUGCCCUAGAGCUUGCAUAUAACACAACGCCUCACUCUUCCACGGAACUCUCACCUUUCGAAGUACUGAUAGGGGAGAACCCCCUUACAGCGGCAGAUCUAGAUGUCACAGGGACUUUACCCCCAACGCUCUCGCCUCCCAUGACGAAGCUCUUCCAGCGACUCUGCGAUAGGGCACAGGCCCAUAUCCUGCAAGCAAAAUGGCGCCAGAAGUACUACGCGGACGCUAGGAGACGGCCGAUAGACUAUAAGGUGGGGGACCGAGUAUGGAUCAGCAGCAAACACCUACCAGCGCUAAAUGAUUGUGCUAAGUUGGAGCCUCGGUAUCGAGGUCCCUUCUCGGUUACUGAGAGGAUAGGGGAGGUGGCUUGCCGUAUUGGUCUUCCCGGGAGCUACGCAGGGCACAACGUCUUCCACGUUUCGCAACUGAUUCCGCAUCGUCCUCGGCCUGCGACACACAUGGCACAAGAUGCACCAGCUGGGUGGCCGCCAGUUCGGGACGAGGCAGGGAACCCCACAGACCAGUACCUCGUGGAUUAUAUCUUGGACCAACGAGGCUCGGGAUCUUCUGCCUCCUACCUACUCAAAUGGCGUGGCGCCCCCGAGGAGCGGGCCACGUGGGAACCCGCACACCAUCUCCAGGGUUGCCCAGCCUUAAUUCGAGCCUGGAAGCGACGCAGACGUAAACCCAGACAAAAUCGAAGCGAUGUGGAGCAGCCAGUGGAAGAUACAAGAGCGAAAGUUGACCAGCUGAGGCGAGAGACCGGCAAGCGUGUUGCGGCAACAGAGGAUGCUAGGACACAGGUGAUGAGUGGGGGAUAUCGGAUGGGAUGGGGGACUGCGGAAGCAGAAGAAGCUGCAGCAGUAAGCGAAGAGCAGCAACGGCAAGAGCAGCAACAGCAAGAGCAGCAACGGCAAGAGCAGCAACAGCAAGAGCAGCAACAGCAAGAGCAGCAACAGCAAGAGCAGCAACAGCAAGAGGAGGAGGAGCAACAGGGGGAGGAGCAGCAAGACGUCUACUCACUUAUGGAUAAAGACGACCAGCAGCAGCACCACCUGCAGCAGCUGCAGCAGCACGGUCUUGUACCUGCUGCUCUGUCCCCAGCUGCAGCAGCAAAGAAGGGCCCUGUGUCUGCUGCAGUUCGUGCUGCACAGCAGCGCCUUUUGCUGCUGCAACAGCAGCAGAAGCUGCGGGAGGAAGAGGAGGAAAGGCGGUGUAAAGAGGAAGAAGAACUCAAAAGAAAGGCUGAGGAGGAGAAGAAGAAGAAAAGAGAAGAAAAAGAAUUAAAGGAAAAAAAAGGAGUCACUGUAAAAUCACAAGGAGGAGCAGCAGGCAGUCCUGCUGCAGAUGCUGCAGCAGCUGAAGCAGCAGUUACAGCAGCAACAGCAGCAGUAUGGACGUACAAUUUCGGCGGCGACUUCAGGGGACUUCAGGGGCAGCUCUGCGUGCGCUGCCAGCAAUACCUAAGAACGGUGGCGUUAGCACUUGCCCCAUGGGGAGAGUGUAUCCGACGAGGGGAGGAUUCUAUUGUGGAGGUAGGCAGGCCGCCCGUUCUGGAAGGCUAA